GCAGUGUAAAAUGGCGGCCGUGAGCAGCGCGGAGUCUCCACCGGCCGUGUUCAACGGAGCCGAGGCCGUGGACCGGGAGCCCGCGGGCCGGGAGCGGGGUCUGGAGGAGCUGGACGCCGCCUGCCCCGCAGCCCUCACCGGGGGCCCGCAGGACGAGGAGAUCUGGAACAUUAAACAGAUGAUCAAACUGACCCAGGAGCAUCUGGAGGCUUUACUGGACAAGUUUGGAGGAGAACACAACCCGCCCUCCAUCUACCUGGAGGCAUACGAGGAGUACACGUCUAAGCUGGAUGCCCUGCAGCAGAGGGAGCAGCAGUUGUUGGAGGCGAUGGGGAACGGCACGGAGCUGUCGUCCUCUCCCACGGCGGCCAUGUUGGAUCUGAAGGAGCCGUGCGGUCACAGUUUCACCUCGGCCCCGAACACUUUAAAUGUUCUACAGAACCCCUGCGACGUGGCCCGGGUCAACCCUCGCUCGCCGCAGAAGCCCAUCGUACGAGUGUUUCUGCCCAACAAGCAGCGCACUGUGGUGCCGGCUCGCUGUGGGAUGACCGUCAGAGACUCUCUGAAAAAGGCCCUGAUGAUGAGAGGCCUGAUCCCAGAAUGCUGUGCGGUCUACAGGGUCCAGGACGGGGAGAAGAAGCCGAUUGGCUGGGACACAGACAUCUCGUGGCUGACCGGAGAAGAGCUCCACGUGGAAGUUCUGGAGAACGUGCCCCUCACCACACACAACUUUGUGCGUAAAACCUUCUUCACUUUGGCCUUCUGCGACUUCUGCCGAAAGCUGCUGUUCCAGGGCUUCCGCUGUCAGACCUGCGGCUACAAGUUCCACCAGCGCUGCAGCACCGAGGUCCCCCUCAUGUGUGUCAACUACGACCAGCUCGAUUUAUUGUUUGUGUCAAAGUUCUUCGAGCACCACCCGUUAUCACAGGAGGAGGUGUCUUCAGAGGGAACCACCCCAGUGUCAGAAGUCUGCCCCUCCCUCCCGCCCUCCGACUCCACCAGGUCGCUGUGCCACGCCUCCGUCUCGCCCUCCAAGUCCAUCCCGAUCCCGCCCAGUUUCCGACAGAGCGCAGAGGAAGAGCACCGGAACCAGUUUGGACAGAGGGACCGGUCAUCCUCUGCACCCAACGUCCACAUUAACACCAUCGAGCCGGUCAACAUCGACGACUUGCUCGGGGGCCAGAGUCUGCCGCGCUCUGAUGGAGAUGAGCAGUGA